CGCCCCUCCGGUGCCAGCACCGCCCCCGCUGCGGCGGGUGAGGGGCGGGGCGGGGCGCGGCGUAUAUAAGACGAGGGGCGGGCGCAGCUCUUUGUCUCUUGCUGCAGCAACUGGAGCGGGAGCACCAGGACCCCGGGCUCGGAGCGGGACGCCAAGGAUUGUUUUAAGAAAAUGGCAGACAAACCGGACAUGGGGGAAAUCGCCAGCUUCGAUAAGGCCAAGCUGAAGAAAACCGAGACGCAGGAGAAGAACACCCUGCCGACCAAAGAGACCAUCGAGCAGGAGAAGCGGAGUGAGAUUUCCUAAGACUAGCGGAUCCUCUGUCCCCGUCCUCUCGAGACCCAAGUCGUGAUGUGGAGGAAGAGACACCUGCCAGACGGACAUGAGCCACAAGCUGCACUGUGAACCCGGGCACUCCGCGGGCCGUGGAGGGGACCCCCAAUCGGACUGCCAAAUUCUCCGGUUUGCCCUGGGAUAUUAUAGAAAAUUGUUUGUAUGAUUAAUGAAAAUAAAACACACUUCGUGGCA